CGUUAAAGGCCGCACUAAAGGAAAGGAAUAUAAAAUUAUAAAUAAUAUGGAACUUCAAGAAAUAGUUAUUUUAUCACCGGUAACUAUGGAAAAUGAAGCAAUUGAAGAAAUUACAGAUAACCAACAACAGAAUAACAAUGUUCAGGGACAAUUAACAUCUACUACCAAUGCUUCUAUAUUUACAAUUAAUUCUUCUCCGCAAUUUGCACCUGACUUUGGAGUUAAUGAUGUUGAUAAGAGAAUUGAUGGCGGAUAG